AUGGAUUCUAUCAUUGGAAGCCCCCCUGAUGACAGUCUUGGGCCUACGAUUAACAUCAUCGCUUGGAUGGGUGCUGGAGUCUCUACUGUAUUUGUCAUCUUACGUCUCUAUAGCCGGUUAUUCAUCACGCGGGCUCCAGAUUGGGAUGAUGUUGUGAUUGCUAUUGCAACGAUAAUAAACAUCAUCACUAUUGCUCUUUGUUCUAUGGCUAUAUCGUACGGGUUAGGCAGACAUAUUCAAUACCUGUCUGACGAUGACCUUGUCAAUUGUUUAUACUAUUCUGCUAUCCAACGGGCCCCAGGCAUACUAUCCUUCACUCUUCCGAAAUUAUCCGUCGUUAUUUUUCUCUCCAAGUUAAUGGGCAAUAUGAAACGAGGUAGAUGGUUCUUAUAUUCGGUUAUCACAAUACUCUUCAUCACUUCUCUUAUGGGUAUUGUUAUUUUCCUCGCCCAAUGCCGUCCAAUGGACCACCUAUGGCAUCCACUUUCUCCUGCAGAUUGUGUCUCCGCCACUGUAUUGGAUGCUAUUUCAUACCUUUGUGGUUCAUGGUCGGCGUUUACCGACAUCGUUUUGGCUUCAUUUCCCAUUUAUUUGCUUUGGAACCUUCAAAUGAAACCGUCUAAAAAGAUUUCGACUAUGAUUGUGAUGGCUCUGGGUUUCAUCGCGGCCAUUGCAGCGAUAGCCAAAACCACCCAGCUUUCCAAAAACCGUGCUACCGAUGCAACAUGGGAACCAUUCUGGCUUUUCAUUUCAUCCUAUAUCGAGAGCGACCUUGUCAUUAUAGCCGCUUGUGCACCUACAUUGCCAAAAUUGAUAAAGAGGAUUCUUGGUAAAGAAACAGAUGAAUCAGCAGGCCCAGGAUACCACUUUAACAAACCUACAUCACAGGACUAUCACCCGUUCGAUAGUCAACGUAAUUUCAUCCUGAUGAACCCUGUAUAA